AUGGAUCUCUCGAGCUGCCCCCCUGACCGGGUCAGAGAGGUGACACAGAGGGGUGUUGGCACAGGGUUUGUUCCUGAGCCCUAUGACAGCUUCAUGCACAGCCACCUGUGCUACUACGGCUACUUCCGAGCCCCCAGCUAUGGCAUCUCAGUUCCCUCAGCACGAUGCAGUUGGGAGCUGCAGGCUCUCUUUGGCUGCUCCUCAGCGUGGGGCUCCCUGCCUGCCCCUCGCUGGCCUGUGGAGUGUGAAGUCAUCAAGGAGACCAUAGAGCACAUGGCAUGGGUGCCCGCUGAACCAGAGCCCUUCUGCCAGCCUGCCGGUCCCGACCUGGCCCCAGCUGCCUUCAGUGAGGAGCAGGGCACUGUUGUCUACCACCUCAGCCCAGCACCCCGAGGCUCCUGCUUCACUGGUGCUCGCGUCGGGGGGUCCCUGGGCCCUCUCUCCUCACCUGCAGCCCCCUUGGAAGGUCCCGAGGAUUCGACACUACUCUUUGAGUCUCGCUUUGAGAGUGGCAACCUCCAGGAAGCCAUCAAGGUGGGACCCUACAAGUACCUGCUGCGUCUGCGGCCAGACCUUUACACCACCAAACACACACAGUGGUUCUACUUCCGUGUCCAAAACACACGCCGGGACCCCCUCUAUCACUUCACCAUCGUCAACAUGGCCAAGCCCAAGAGCCUCUAUGGCAAGGGCCUGCGCCCGCUGCUCUACUCCCAGCGUGAUGCCCAGACCCGUGGUAUUGGCUGGCGCCGCGUCGGGGACAACAUCUGCUACCAACGGGGUGACAACAGCAAGGAACCUGCCAGCUUCUGCCUGUCCUGGUCGUCACGCUUCCCCCACGAUGGUGACACCUGCUUCUUUGCCCACUCCUACCCUUACACCUACUCAGACCUCCAGCGCUACCUGCGGGCGCUGGUGGCUGACCCGGCUCGCUCGCGGUACUGUGCGGUGCAGGUGCUGUGCCGCAGCCUGGCCGGUAACCCCAUCUACCUGCUGACCAUCGCCCACCCUGCCGCUGGCACCACAGCCAUGUCGGCUGCCAAGCGGGCAGUGGUACUGAGCGCCCGCGUGCACCCUGGCGAGAGUGGCAGCUCUUGGGCCAUGCAGGGCUUCCUUGAUUUCCUCCUCAGCACCCACCCUGAUGCCCGGCUCCUGCGGCAACUCUUUGUCUUCAAGGUGGUGCCAAUGCUCAACCCUGAUGGGGUGGUGGUGGGCAACUCCCGCUGCUCCUUGGCGGGCAGCGAUCCCAACAGGGCUUAUGGGACAGCUCUCCGUGCCUCUUUCCCUGGCGUCUGGCACCUGCGGGACAUGAUUGAGAGGGUGCUGGCGGAGCGGGAGGUGGUGCUGUACUGUGACUUCCACGGGCACAGCCGGAAGAACAACGUCUUCAUGUACGGCUCUGACGGCGGCGGCGGCAGGACGCGGCUGUGCCAACGCAUCUUCCCCUGGAUGCUGAGCAAGAACGCCCCGCCCCAGUUCUCCUUCCCCAGCUGCAAGUUCAAGGUGCAGAAGAGCAAAGCAGGGACAGGCAGGGUGGUGAUGUGGCGCCUGGGGGUCACCAACAGCUACACCAUGGAGGUGGCUUUCAGCGGCUCCACUAUGGGUGGAAGGAGCUCACACUUCACGGUGGAGGACCUCAAGUCUCUGGGCUACCAUCUCUGUGACACGCUGCUUGACUUCUGUGACCCUGAUCCUGCCAAGCUCCAGCAGUGCUUGUCUGAGGUGGACAGGCUGCUGCAGCAGCGGAUGGGCCGGGAGCCAGGAUCUAAUGGUGGCUGGAGUGAUGUCCCCACUUCUGAGCUUGAGUCUAGCACCAGCGGCUCGGACAGCUCCGUGUCCGAGGGGCCCCCGGCCGCCCCCCGCGGCCCGGCGCAGGCGGCGAAGCGGCAGAGGAGGAAGCCCCUGAAGAGCCGGAGAGCGAGGAACGCCCUGCGCCGGGCGAACAGCGGCCACGGCAACCGUGCCAGCAUCCCAGCGAGCCUGGGCACAUGGCGUGGCACACCCAGGGCACAGCCCUCAGGGGACACUUGUCCCCACCGCUGCCCCGACAGGGAGCCAAGAGGCUCUAACCCUUCUCCUGUCACUCCUCAGGCCAGGCCGGGGCCCCCCAGGCCCCGCCAGCAGCCCGCUCUGCAGAGUGCCCUGAGAAGAGGCAGCACUGCGAGAGAGGAGCCCAGAAGCACCUCCAGUGCCACCCUUCCCAGCACAGCUGGCGCAGGACGCGGCCGCCACACUGCCAGGGCGAAGUCUCAGCCAGCUGGAGGCACAGGCACCGUUUCGCACCCUCAGCCACGGCCGAGCGCCUGCCACCGCCGUGUCACCGCUGGCUCCGCACGGGACGCGGCACCGGAGGCACAAGCGGGGCUGCCUGGGCAGCAGCGGGGGCAGGAGGCUGCUGCCCGCUGGCACGGGUCACGGCCCCGCCUCACCGCCCCGGGCGGGGCAGCGCGACCCAGGGCCUUACGCUGCUGCGCCUGUGCCCGCGAUUAAAGGUGGUGCCAGGGCUCUGUGGGGUGACAGCAGUGUCCUUGUGUUGUGCCCAUCAGCCUCCUCCUUGGCAUCCACUCUGGCCCGCACCCAGCCCCAGGUCCUGCCACCAUGACGCCACCUCAAGUCUCCUUGUCACCUCAGGUCCCACUGCCACGGUGGUACCUGCG